AAGUCAAUACAUCCCCACUCAUAUAUAUACAGGCUAGCUCACCGCUGCCUCUCAGCCUGCUAUUCAUUCCUGUCACCCAGUACGGAGAGAAGAAACAAUCUGAGUGACAUCAUGAACAAGCUUCUGGUCAUCACUGUGCUCGUCACUCUUCUCGGCCUCAGUGCCCAGGGCCUCCGUCUGCCUAGGCAAGCUGAGGAGGGUACGCCUGAGGAACCGGUCGCAGAUGUUGCUGAGGCUGAUGGAAAGCAGGGAACCCUGGAAAGGCUGACCAGCGCCGUCAAGGGCUACUACGACACGUCCAUCAGCACCGCCUCUAGCUGGCUGGACAGCAUCGAUGGCCUGAAGCUGAAGGAGAAGGCCGCGAAUGCCCUCAGUGACACCACCGUGGCGGCGAUGACUUACGCUGGCAUCCUGCAGGACCAGGUCUACCACAUCUUUUACCAACCGUAAAGACCCUUCCUUGUUUCCCUCUGUGUCCCCAACGUCCUCAAAAUGCUUUUGUGAGGAGAGCGUCGCAGCUGUGGGCCCCUACUCUCUCAUCCUGGAGCCUCUGAUCAGCUUCACCAGACCUCCAACCCUUGGUGACGUCCCCCUGGAGUCUGUGUAGAUGGAAAUACAGUAUUAUUUUAUGUCAA